AUGGCGGAUAAAGCGCGUCUGAACCAUUUGUGGAAUCUGGCCGUGAAUUGCGCAAAGGAAAACCCACAGUUGUCUCAAUUCUACGUGAACGAGAUUCGCUCUACUGAAGAAAAUGGUGACGCUUCACUGGAUAAUUUUAAGUUGAAGUAUUGUAAGCAUUGCUACAUGGUAUUUAGCGCUGAUAAUUGUCGCGUGAGAUUGCACCCUAAGCGUGGAAAGAAAAAGAGACUUGACGACAAAAAAUGUCGCUCUAAUAAGGAAAUACUUAAACUUCACCGAAGACUAAACCAUGUCGGGGUAUUUUGCAAGACGUGUGGAAAGCAUUCAUUUUAUCCUGGACGCGCAGGAGACGACAAAAAAUCCACACUUGAAAAGAAAAUUUCGUUCUCUGCGCCGCAGAAUUUGCACAACAAUAGCACAAAUGAACAGAGCACUCCUGUUUCAUCAAAAUCAGCGAGUUCCCGGAGAAGAAGUCACAAUUCUACGCUAAAAGAUCUUCUACGAGCAGAUGAUCGGAAAAAAUCAGCCACUGGUGCAACUCCUCAACUAAAGGAUUUCUUGUCAAGUUUAGGACAUUCCAUUUCCCUUACAUGA